GGACCAAACGAUGCCAUCAUGAAUUGUGCAAACUCCUCAUUGUUUUCCAAAUUCUAUCGACCAUGGCAAUAUUGUUUAUAGCGUACAACAAAUUACUUCGUCACAGAUUUGCUUUUUCUAGAGAAAAUUUAUAUGGAGAUUGAAUUGUGUUUGUUUUGUACUGAGUGUUGUGUUUUGCGGUGUUUUGCAUUGAGCUCUGUGUAAACACUCAUUAUGUGUAUCAUCAGAUGUAUACAUCUAGUGCUGUGUAAAUACAAACAAUUUGAUCUCUCUUCAUAUUGUUGUUGUAUUCAACGAGACGCCGGUUAAAUCAAUAAAAAAUGCGUUACAAUGAAUCGCACUGUCCUGUUGCUAUAGUGUUCUUGGAAUUGGUUUUCUGUAAGAAAAAACUGUCGGCGAUGCUUUGAGUGAUGCAUUAAGGCUUAGUCGGAGAUCGUUAACGACAAUACAGUGUGUGUUCAAUGAACACUUUUCACCACAGAACUAUACACAAAUUGUUAGUGCUUUGAACGGUGGUUUCGUAUUACAUGUGCAAUAACCAUAUUCCACUAGCAAAGAAAGUAGCAACCGAGAUUGCACUCACCAAACGGCCACCGUAAAUGCUUCUCACGGAUUUUUUUAUACCAACAGUUUUUUAUGCACAAUUUAUUUAGAAAUAAUUUUCAUUUGGCUAAAGCAACCAAACUGUUAUUGUUGUUGUGAGUAGAGUAAAUGGACGCAAUAGAAAAAACGAAUGAGAAUAUGAUAAGAGAGGCAAACAGAGCUCCAAAUGGAGGGAAAGGUAGAAGUAGAGAAAGAGAGACAGUAAGGAAAAGAGACACAGAGAGAGAACGAUAGCGCAAUAGCACUGAAGAAAGAGCGAAGAAAAUGAAACGGAGAAAGAAUGGAAAGGAUAAAUGGAGAGAAAAGGGUUGUAGAGAGAGUGAAAGAGAUGGAAAUAUAGAGAGAGUGAAAGAGGAAGAAGAAGGGAGAGGUGAGAAGCAAUAAAAAGAAAAGAAAGAGAAGAGAAGAGAAACAGACAAAAAAAAACACCCGAGAACAGAAAGAGUGUCGAAAUAUUGAGCUAGCUGGAAUAUGCCCAAGCAUAUCGACAGUUGAAUUUUAAUCUUCAUUCAGUUAUUGACGCGAUACAUAUUUUGAUAGCGCUCAUUUUUAAUCGCGUCGCGAUUUUUAUCAAUUUUUCACUCAAAUUUUAUCCACUUUUCCGAUAUGACAGGGAGACAAAUAGAUAUAAAAAGAGAGCCAGAGCCGGAAAAGCCAAAAUGGUCAUUGAUUGCUGUUUCAGAAGCGGCACGAAAAUGGUGCAGUUUAAUCCAAUUGGAGCCAAACAAAGUGUAUACCGUGGGCCGUAAGCGAAACAAUGACAUACGAAUACCAACGGGUCUAUGCAGUAAAAGCCAUUGUGUGCUCGAAGUGUCUGACAAUGAAGUCAUCAUGAAAGACCAGAGCCUGUACGGAACACGAGUGAAUAGCAUAAACUACAAAGACAGCCGAUGUAUUGUGAGCGAAAAUGAUUUGAUUGGCUUUGGAUGCAGCCCAUAUGCGAAGCGAAUCAAAGAUAAAUCGGACAAACGAUAUUAUGUGUACCGUCUUGCGUUAGGAAACAAGAUUGGUUCAGGCGAAACGAUUGAACUAUCGGAUGGAAGUGAUGACGAGGGCCAACAUGCAAAUAAAUCGUAUGAUGCUUUUGAUGCUUUGGAUGUGGGCAAUGACACGGAUGAUGAUAAUUCAUCGGACGAAGAAGAGGACAUCAAGCCCGAUAUUCACACGUUGAUGCGAACGGCAAUGGCAACGAUGCAAAUCAAACAGGAAGUCGAAGGCUAUUGUUACGAUUACGAUAGAAACCGGUUAAAUUCAGAUGAACAGGUCAUUCACAAUGAAGUGCCGAUUUGCUUGGACAGUGAUGAAGAAAAAGAAGAUAUCCUUUUAUUGGAACCACCAAGAAAACGAAUCCGUACAGAACAAGAAUACGCUUUCCCAACGCCAGAGCCAGAACCUGAACCUGAACCCGAACCGAUGAAAGAGGAAGAAGAUACGAAUUCAGAUCAAACGCUACCGGAAUAUCAAAUGAGCGACACAGCGCUAAAGGAAAAAGUGAAAUUGGUUACAUGUUCCCGUGGACAACAACUCGCCACCGAUAUGCUCAAAACACAAAAAGUUCUGUUGAAAAAUAUCGCACAAAAACCAUUGCAUCAAGAAGCUGGCUCAUCGUCAUCGUGGAACCAAACCUAUAAACCUCCGUCCGAGUACAGCAACUUCUCCAUCGCAGAUCUCAGCAAUGCAUUCAUCUCUGAAAUCACCAAAUGGGACUAUCAAUGGAUUAAAGAUCGAAAACCAAAUCCACUGCGCUAUCAAAUGGACGUGAAACAUCUUGAUACUAACUUUUCCGAUUUGGACUCUUUUCAACGGCAAAUGAAAAAUCUACUGCUCAUGGAAAUCUAUUCGAUUAUUCUCGCGGAGUGUAGCACAUCAAUUCCACACACAUUCACACGAGUGGAUGACUUGCGUUUCGAUGAAAAUCGGAAGCGAUACAUUUACAAGUGUUCAACUGAAAAAAAAGAUUGUCGUGUAUCCGAAAUCAAGCCCGGCCUUUGCACUGCUUUCGCCCAUUCCUAUGGCAAAUGUUUGGGCUAUGUAUCUCAGGCCAAGCGAUUUUCUGAUAAAUGGGAAUUUGAGAUGCAAACGGAUUUUGUCGAUAGGAAAAAGUUUAUCCCGAAAUGCAUUCAAGUUGAAUUCGUAACCAAUAUUCAGCCCAUGCUGGAAUGCUUCGUUAGUUUGUACGAGCUACGGAAAUCGUCUCUUCAGUAUGUGUUCUUGCGUCCAAGCAGCCAAUACGAAGAAGUGAACAGUUCCAUCGAUGACGAUUUUGUCGCAGACGAUUCGGCAAAUCUAAAUGAAAUCUACAAAAGAUGCGCCGUUUCAGCGCUUGGAAAUUCGAAAAUUCUACUGGUCAAUGGUGGCGCUGGUUCAGGCAAAACUAAAUUUAUUUGUAAUCUGCUUGAAAGGUUCAACAGCGAAGACUUCCAGUAUACUGAUUCGAUUUUGGUCUGCGGUCGAGGAAAUGCCCUUGUUGAUGACAUGGCAGCACGAAUUUUGCCGAAAAUAAGCAAUAUUGCACGUUUUGGACAAAUUUCGAUCAUGAGGAAAGAUAUCCGUCGAAUUGGCGUGGAAACGUUCGAUCCAAAGCUAAAGAAAGUGAAAAUUGUCUUUACAACUUUGAAUAAUGCCUUCGAUUUAUUGCAUAUCGAUAGAUCGUUUGACGUAUGUAUUGUGGACGAUGCAUCGCUUUGUACAGAAGUCGAAUUGUUACCAUUAUUCCGCUUGAAAUUGACCACUCUUCUUUUAGUUGGCGAUGAAAAGCUACAGGCAUCAACAACACAGAAUGAGUGCUGCCAUGAGAAUGGAUACUCUCGAUCGUUGUUUAGCCGCGUAAUUGCCAGCUACAAAAUAUUCGAUUCGAAACGGAUUCUCUAUCCAACGCUGUAUAAACAACGUCGAAUGCUUCCUGAGAUUUGUUCAUGGCCAAACAAGUAUUUCUACGAUUCAAAAAUGGAAAUUGUUCCAAUUGUACGGCCACCAAAAAGGUCACCAUUCCAUUCGUACACAAUAUUUCAAGUCAACACAAUCGAAGACAUUGAAGUUGAUUUCGUGCGACAGCUGCUGGAAUUUUCUAUUCGAGACAUUAAGGGACGGAGAUGCUCUCUUGGAAUCAUUUGCGGGCAUCCAGACUCAAGAGUCGAAAUCGAAACGAUGAUCAAAGCAAACGAUCAAUUUGCCGGUGUUGAAGUGAGUGGAUACGAAUCAUUUCAAGGGCAAGAAAAAGACGUAAUACUAAUGGUUGUUUUGAAGCCAAAGGAUGGAUUCAAACUGUUCAGUACGAAUGAAAACUUGUUGAUCGCCUUGACAAGAGCCAAGGAAUCGUUGAUCUUUUGCGGCAACUUUCAGUACGUUUGCACCGAUUUAAGCUCCGAUAUUUGCACAGAGACAGACGCAAUGACAAAUACAUGGAAAGCAUUAAUCAAUGAUGCCAAAAUCCGGAAGCGAUUUAUUGAUCUUAAUGGAACUUUCGACCAACAACUCGUAUCCAACUCACUCAAAUGAAUCAUUUUAACUGGAAAAUUGAAUAUCUCUCAAAGAAAAACAAAAAUUGUGAGUUAUUUGGAAUGACGUCAAUAGUUUUUUUUUUAAUCGAGAAAAAUCUCCCAUAAGAUAACAACGAAAAUGUGACUUAGUAAAAACACUUUUAUUCUUGACCAAGUGCACACAAUAACUUUAUGUUUAGCAUUAAAAUUGAAUGAAAAUUGAUGAAAUAAAAUCUGAUUGAAGUGAA